AUGCCGAGAAGACUACAAGCUCUCGUCUCCCGAUUUCGGGCCAGCCAGCACGAGUCAAUGCAGGCACUUGGGCCGGCAACAGCAAGAUCCCGCGACUUCAAUAAUGCCACGCUUACUUCGUGGUCCACGACCACCCUCGCGGCCUUCAGCGAUCCACCUAGCAAACAUUCCUCUGGCGUCGACAAAAGAUUCGAACAGCAAUCACAUGCCACGCUGCAGUCGCUCUCCGAAGAGCUCCUCCUGACGAUCACCAGCCAUCUAGACAUAGUCGACACCGUCUGCUUAAGCCUGACGAGUCGCGGCUUGGAUCUCUCUGACUUACGCCGUUCGUUCUCGUCCCGCCUAGAUGCAGCGACGAAGGAAGAAUUACUCUUGCGAAUCGAAAGGGACAGCCCAGCCCUGAGCUACUGCCACGUCCGGCGCCGCCUUCUGCCGUUCGCUCAGACCCACCUCGAAAGAAGACUGCUUCACUUCCACGACUGCGAGGCCAGCCCGCAGCACGAAAUCGUGCUGCCCUACAGCGAGUGCUACAGGCUUCCGCUGUGCACCGCCCGGCUCGCGAUCAACCACGCCGUGCUCGGCCCGCAGCACGGCAUACCGGCCUCGGCGCUCUCGCACGCCCACGCCAUAUCCCACCCAGACGACUAUCAACUCCGCAGGUACGAGUCCUGGACCUGCAAGGUGGCCCGCGGCGGCGGCCCAAGUCCCGAGCAGCUCAUGCUGCGCUGCGUGCGGUCGUGGGUGUCGAUCCGGGAGAGCCACCAUGUCGCCCUGCUCAGACGCCACUUCCACGACAACAAGAUUGCCAUGUGCAGGCACUGCGAGGUGGACCUGGCGCUCGACGAGAACGGAUGCCGCCGCGUCAUCAUCGGCACCGAAUCGUUCCUCACCACGGGCAGCUGCGCCAGGUGCGAGACGGACUGGGAGAUCCGGAUCGGCCUCGGGGUCAGCGGCGAGGAUGUGGGCCGGCCGGUCGCACACCGGUGGCUCGAUGGGUAUUUCAGCUGGACGGUCAUUGUCAAGACUUGUCACCGGCUCGGCCGGUGUCAGGACCCGAGCGAUCCAAUGUGGCGUGCAAUGUUGAGCGACGAUGCACCGGUUUCGGCUCGCGCUUUCGGCUUGAUCAAGACCCAGUGGAACGACCAAUGA